AUGGUACAAAAGAGACAACUAAGAUCGAAAACAUCAAAAUAUUUUUAUGGUGAUCAAGUGAUUAAAAAAAUCAAAGUUGAAAAGUCUAGCGAUAAACAAAUUAUAUCGCUGAUUAAAUCUGAAAAAACAACUCAGUUGGAGUCCAAAUGUGACAGUUUAACCAAAAAAGUUUCCAAAGAAGAGUCAAACUCAACCAUUACGAUUAAAGAAGAAGAAAUCAAAGUGGAAAAGAAACUACAACAUAUUGAAAUAGAAAUCAAUCAAGAUGAACUAACACCACCAAACAUAUUUGCAAAAGUAGAUCCACAAGAUGAAUCAGUUGGUCCUGAAAACUGGUCAAAAAUAUACAACUCAAUAGUUAAAAUGAGAUCAAAAUUUUUAGCACCAGUAGAUCAUCAAGGUUGUGAAUCAAUGCCCAAUACAAUCACUAAAAAUUUAAAACUAACUAACCCUAAAAAAUACAGAUUUCAGCUAUUAAUUUCACUAAUGUUGAGUUCUCAAACUAAAGAUGAAGUUAAUUUCGAAGCUAUGGUGAAAUUAAACGAUGCAUUAAAUAAAAAACACCAACAAGGAUUUUGCAUUGAGGCUGUUUCUCAACUCACUGAAUCUGAAAUCGAUUUCUAUAUAUGUAAAGUUGGUUUCCACAACCGUAAAGCCGUGUACAUUAAAAAAUCAUGUGAAAUACUACUACAAAAACAUAAUGGAGAUAUACCUAAAACUAUAGAAGAAAUUAUAGAAUUGCCUGGAGUUGGACCUAAAAUGGGUUAUUUAUUAUUACAAUGUGGUUGGGGAAUUACAAAUGCAGGGAUUGGAGUUGAUGUACAUUUACAUAGAUUAUCAUUAAUGUGGCAUUGGAUAUCAUCAAAAGCUAAAUCUCCAGAAAAAUGUAGAUCAGAAUUAGAAAAAUGGUUACCUUCUAGAUAUUGGAUGGAUAUUAAUCCAUUAAUUGUUGGAUUUGGACAAGUUAUAUGUGUUCCAAGAGCUCCUAAUUGUGAUAUUUGUGAUUUAGGUAGGUCAGGAUUAUGUAAAGCUGCUGAUAAGAAAUUGGUUAAACAACAACUGAUUACUGAAGAGAGACGAGUAAAAUUAAUGAAACAAAGAGCUGAUUUAACUAAUUUACUAAAUGAAAUUAUAUAA